AUGGCGACGCCGGGCCAGGAGAGCCGUUUCUGGCUCUCGCUCACCCACAGCGGUCAGCGAAUUAGGGAGGAGCUGAACGAGGAGCUGCCCGACACCAGCAUCCCGCUAUCAAAGUGCGUUAUUGGAGGAUUUGAGGGCGACGCUUUCAACCUCAUCGUCAGCAAGGACGCCUAUCCGAACGGCGUCCAUAUCUACACGCGCAAAAAGGCCAAUCGCACGGAUCGCUUCCUCGAGGGCAUCAGGGACGAUGUCUGGAACUUUUACAAAGACGAUCCGACCUUGGCUGGGCGACUCGAUCCGUGCUGGAGGUUUCACUUGCAGGAGUGGGAGUUUGGCAAGACAGACCUCGUCUGGAUCUUGGUUGUGGGACUCACGGACACCGGCGCCUACGACGGACGCGGCCACACCAAGGGGUUCCUUGUUCGAUCGCAGCCACGCAACUGGCAAGUUGCCAAUAGCGACGCCUACCUCCACGAAGUUCUGGCGUCGCUCAAGAUCGACUCGACGGAUGAACGGCAGGAUUCUGGUCUUGAUGUUGAGCCUGCAUCGGCACCUCGACAAAGCUCAGUCCCAGGUCAGGACGUGCCUUCUCUUUCGGUCACUGCGCCAUCCGUGUCCACAGCUCCAUCACCGAUAACGUCUGCGCCGCCUGGCAUCACCCAAAGCAGCGCUACCACUUCUUUCGAUCCACUCGCAGCAGCUCGCCGCGCCCCCGCCUUCACGGCUCCUCGUCACGACUCCAGCCCCUCGUCAGCGGCUUCGGCUCUCACGAGUACCGUCAAAUCCUCAACGCCCCGUCGCAGCAUCUCUGCUGCUUCCUUGGCUCGCGGUGUCAAGCGAAAUCAACAUGGUGGACAGCGAACAUCUCCUACCGUUGGAUCGAUGGGCAGUACCGGUAGAGAGCGUGCAGGUCCGCUCCCAUCGACACAGCCUCAAGAGCGCGUCUCCUCGAUAGGUCAGGAGGAGCAUAGUGGCACUGGUACCCGUUCCGUUCGCAGAGUAGUCAACCCUCAGCGUCGACAGCAGGAUCAAAUCGUGCAGCCUCUGCCUCGAGUCCAGUCGUCAGAGCAACCCAAGGGCAAUGAUCGUGGAGAGGUUCCUUCCCCUCGCAGAGCGCCUCCGGAGCGACGCCAGGCAACCAGCCCUGCCGGGCAGUCCUCGCCUCGUCCACCUACCGCUCCACCACAAGAUCAACCAUCCGCUCCCGCUCCAAUCUCAGACCGACGUCGCGAAAAGAGUCGCGCCAUCGACCCUCCGCCUCGCCCCGUUCCGAGCAAGGCCCAAGCGCGUCGUGUUCCCAUUAUCGAGAUCAUUGACGACUCCGACAGCUCUCUCGAUGCUGCCGCCUACUUCCCCUUCAGCAACUCGGAGGAUUCGGACGAUGACGUGCCGCUCGAUGCUGCGUACAAGUGCGCACAGGACGUGGCCAUGGACCGAGCUUUUGCCGAGUCUUUCGAGCAGAGCCUACUCCUGCGCCGGUCCCCGCGGUUGAGGCAAAAGUCGCGUAGUCGAUCCCGGUCGCUCGAAGCGCCGGCGGCAUACGAUUUCGUGCUGCGCCGUUACGAGCCAAACGCCCGAGCUGAGGUGCUGGAUGCCUUCCACAGGAUCAAGACGAAGACGUACUUGGCAAAUCCGCAGCUCUCGCUCGACCUCAGGGUCGGAAGGCCUCGGCCCCGGUCAAACAACAAUGCAACCCCCGCAGCCGCUUCCUCUCCGGCUUCCUCUCCCGCCAGCACCGACGAGAGCCAGAAACUGGACCUGAGGAUUGACGUCGAAGACGCCAUCAUCCCGGACUGGAUCAAGAAGGUGGUGGGCGGCGGCAGCCCAGUCGGGCCACUUACCGUGCUCCCUCUUGAGCAUCGACCGGACCCAGGCGAGCCGGAGGAGGUGGCGCAGCCACCUCGUAAGAAGAAGGACCGACCGCCGCCCGGGCUGCUCUUCGACAUCUCGUUCAAGGACAAGCGCAUGCAGGAGCGCUGGACGAGGUGCCUUGCCUGGCGAAGCUCCAAAGAGACCGAUGCGGAGAAAGAGCGACAGAGGCUCGAGAAGGAGCACCUCCGCUACCUUCAUCGAUGA